AUGUCUAGGAACAUAGUUUUCGAAGGCUGGCUAACAAAAUCGCCACCGACGAGGAGAAUUUUCAAAACUAAAUGGCGAAGAAGAUGGUUCGCUUUGCGACAAUCGGGUGAGCUGCCUGGGCAGUAUUUUCUGGAUUAUUAUUCAGAUCGAAAUCGGCGACGCCUCAAGGGAUCCAUAAAUCUAGAUCUUUGUGAACAGGUUGAUGCUGGUUUGCAUAUGACGCGAAAUAGUACGGGGACAUUGGAUCCUCGAAUCCGUGGUUCUGUUUUCUCAAUACAAACACAGUCGAGGACUUAUCACCUAGAGGCGGACUGUGAGGCAGAUAUGGAGAAGUGGGUUGAUGCUAUAUGCCGUGUAUGUGGCUUGAGAGCAACCAGUACACCGCCUGAACCAGUUGAUACAAGUACAUACCAAAACAGCACAAUGACAGUUAUGAACGAUCAAUACGAAUUCGCGGAAAGUACGGGACCCUAUAUUCCGAUAUCUGAAUGCAUUACAGGAAUCCGUGCGGUGGACUCCCAAAGUUCCUUCACCUUCGAUCCCAAUCAUAUAAUUGUCGGAGCUAAGUCGACCUUCGAGCCAGGGCAGCAAAAGGCCCAGCAAUACCUAAGUCACCCACAAAUACGUAUUAAUAAUGUUGAAUUAUCUGAAAAUGAAUCGAAUUUAAGUGACGAGGAAUGCAAAUCACUAAAUGCUAGUCAUUCUAAUAUAGCGAGGUACGGUAAUGUUCCGGAGAACUGGUCUGCUAGGUCCUACGUGAGGCCUAGUCCGGAAGACGAGAACAGGACAGAUGCUAGGGUGUCUGGUAGUGGAAAUAAGCCGGACAGACUAAAGCCGCCUAGUAGUUUCAAUAAGACAGAGCGCCUGCGUCACGGGAGCCCGCGGAAGUUUGACGUCUCCGAAGAAGAAUGCUGUGAGUACAUAGGUCUUAACGAUAGUAUGUUUUCUUUUCAGGCCCCCCCUGUGCCACCUCGCCCUCCAAAAAGCGUUGGUUUUAACUUAGAACAUCGAGAUUCCUUCCAAGGACCAAAGUUGCAGGAACCAGAGGGCGAUAGAUCGCCCCCGUUCCCCUGGCUUCGCUCUUCACGAAAUAUGCCUCAGACGUCGAGUCAGCCGGUCGCAAGUCGGCCCAGAAACGAUGAUGAGUCGUGUUGCCUCACACAUGUAAGACACCAUUCUUUACAGCAAUACUGUAAUUUGUCUUCGUUGCCGCCUAUUGUUGAUCGCGCGCUGAAACCACGGAUCUCCGGCGCUAGCGUGUGUCACAUGAACCACGUCGCUGCCCAGACUCUAUUGUCGAUGCCGCCCGAACCGUCAACGAGCCGCGGCGUUCGAUCUUCUGAUGUCUUACAGUAUCUAGAUCUUGAUCUUAGCCCCAAGACGUCUAAGGGGCAAGAUGGCAACCCGCGCGUCCACCACGCCAAAUCGUUCUCAGCCGAAUCUCGCACCGAUUACAAAACCGUUGACUUCGUGAAGACCGAGGCGUUCAACAUCACCCGCCAAGACGCGGAGGCUUCGCGCAGCGUACAACAAUGA